UGUGGGCAAGGAAUGGUCACCUCGCUUCUGCUCUACUCUCCCAAGCACUUAGUACGGUGCCUAGCAGUCAGAAGACGCUCAGUACGUGUCAACGACGGAUUGAAUGAUGGGGUCGGUCCUCCCAGGCAGUCGCAAGAGAACGCGCCCGCCGGCCAUGGCCAACGGCUCUCCCUGGCCUCCCGCGGACCUGCCCGCCAGCCCGGUGACGGUGCCCGGAUCCUGAAUGCCACCCGUCGGCCCCCGCCGUCCGAGCUGCCGUCGCCGCCUCCUCUCCGUCCUCCUCCUGCCCCCCGUCUUCGUCGGCCCGGGGCUCCUUCCCGCCGGCCUCGCCGCACACCAUGGGGGGGUGUUUCUCCAAGCCCAAACCAGGUGACCGCCUCGCCCUGCUCUGCCCACGCUGGAAAUUCGAGAGCAAACUAGUGGAGGUGAAGAUCGAAGUGGUGCUUCCGGAGAAGGAGCGAACCAAGGAAGACCCGUCACCCAACGGCACGGCCAGCCCGCUGGCGUACAAGGUGAACGGGGCAGCCCGCCAGUACCACCCCGAGGAGCGGCCCGGGGGUCUGCACCCCUACCCGGGACCCCAGGACGUCAUCGAGGCGGCCGUCUGCCACGUCAAGGACCUGGAGAAUGGGCAAAUGCGUGAGGUGGAGCUGGGCUGCGGGAAGGCCUUGCUGAUCAAGGACGGCGGCGAGUUCCACGCGCUCGGUCACAAGUGUCCGCACUACGGAGCUCCGCUCGUGAAAGGGGUGCUGUCCCGCGGCCGGGUCCGGUGCCCGUGGCACGGAGCCUGCUUCAACAUCGCCACCGGAGACAUCGAGGACUUCCCCGGCCUGGACGGGCUCCCCAAGUUCCAGGUGAAAAUCGAGAAGGAGAAGGUGUACAUCCAAGCCAGCAAGCAGGCCCUGCAGACCCAGAGGAGGAGCAAGGUCAUGGCCAAAUGCAUCUCCCUUAGCAACUACCAUAUGGGCAGCACCAAUGUUCUCAUCAUCGGGGCAGGGGUGGCCGGCCUGGUGUGUGCCGAGACGCUGAGGCAGGAGGGCUUCUCCGACCGCAUCGUCAUGUGCACCGUGGACAGGCACCUGCCCUAUGACAGGCCCAAGCUCAGCAAGUCCCUGGAUUCCCAGCCAGAGCAGAUCGCCUUGCGCCCCAAGGAAUUCUUCCGGACGUACAACAUCGAGGUGCUGACGGAGACUCAGGUCGCGUCUGUGGACGUCAAGAACAAGAAAGUCGUGCUCAAGGAUGGCUUCAAGAUGGAGUACAACAAGCUGUUGAUCGCGACCGGAAACAUCCCGAAGACCCUGAGCUGCAAAGGGAAGGAAGUGGAGAACGUUUUCACCAUCCAAACCCCGGAAGACGCCAACCGCAUCGUGAAACUGGCCAGUGGCCGGAACGCCGUCGUCGUGGGGGCUUCCUUCCUGGGGAUGGAGGUGGCAGCCUACUUGACGGAAAAGGCCCAUUCCGUGUCCGUGGUGGAGCUGGAGGAGGUGCCCUUUAAGAGGUUCCUCGGGGAGAAGGUCGGCCGAGCCCUCAUGAAGAUGUUCGAAAACCGCCGGGUGAAGUUCUACAUGCAGACGGAGGUGUCGGAGCUGAGGGCCCAGGGCGGGCAGCUCAAGGAGGUGGUGCUGAAAAGCAGCAAGGUCCUGCGGGCCGACGUCUGCGUGGUGGGCAUAGGAGCCGUGCCAGCCACGGGGUUCCUGAAGCAGAGUGGCAUCAGCAUCGACUCCAAGGGCUUCAUCCCAGUCAACAAGAUGAUGCAGACGAACGUCCCCGGGGUGUUCGCGGCCGGAGACGUGGUCACCUUCCCGCUGGCCCUGAGGAACAACAAGAAAGUCAACGUCCCUCACUGGCAGAUGGCUCAUAUGCACGGGCGUGUGGCCGCACAGAACAUGCUGGCUCAGGAAGCGGAGAUCAGCACCGUGCCCUGCCUCUGGACCGCCAUGUUCGGGAAGAGCAUCCGUUACGCAGGCCACGGAGAGGGUUUCGACGACGUCAUCAUCCAGGGAGAUCUGGACGAGUUCAAGUUUGUGGCAUUCUACACUAAGAGCGAUGAGGUCAUUUCCGUGGCCAGUAUGAACUACGACCCCAUCGUGUCCAAAGUGGCCGAGGUCAUGGCCUCGGGGAGAGCCAUCAGGAAGCGGGACGUGGAACUGUUCGUUCGUCAUGGCAAAACCGGAGACAUGUCGUGGUUAACGGGGAAAGGGUACUGACCGCGGCCCGGGGCCGAGGUGCUGACCGUGGUGCGGACCGUGCAGCGGACCGUGGUGCGGACCGUGCCGCUCCCCCGGACCUGGCGCCGCGGAGCCGCCCGCCCGCCGCCCGCUCUCGCUCCGGGACACGCGGAGCCCACCGGCAGAUCCGGCGCUCCCACCGCCGCCGUCGUCAGCCCGUCGCGUGUACACACGUGUACUCUCCCCGACACGUGUGCGCGCACCCACCCACGCCCACGUAUAUUCCCAUACGUGGCCCCUCACCUGCACGCAUACACACACGCACGUACGAAUGCCAUAAUUAUCGUGAUGAGUCCCACACCCAGACGCUCACGCACACACACAUCUGCGCACUCGCACGUGUACUCUCCCGCACACUCAUACAAACGUGCUCACUUAUACACAUAUACACAUACAUGUAUGCACACAAUCAUACUGUGUACUGUCACACUACACACCCCGGCAUGCACACAUAUACACACAUUCACACAUAUACUCUCUCACACACACACACGUACACUUAUUCACUCAUGCACCCACAUAUAUACACACAUUCACACACAUUCUCUCACACCCACAUGCACACUUGUACACUCAUGCGCGCACACGUAUACGUACGUUCACACAUGUACUCUCUCUCACACACACGUACGCACCCCAGUUAUCUCUCCGAGAAGCACAAGCCCCAGAACAACCUCCCCUCUCAGGCCCCCCCGCCCCGGAAAGAAGCCCCGCAUGGCACUGGGCAGGUCCCCAUUGGCUUCUCUUGCCAAAAAAGCAAAACCUUCCCAGAUCGGGGUGCGGAGAUCAGCUCGGGGACCCCUCUGGCCGCAGGAAUCCCCUCCAGGCAGACCUCACGCCAGCUCCGGGGCCGAUCAGGAGCCACGGACCGUCCAGGAUAAGAACUCCCUGCCUAAAUCCAUCCUCUCGGCCCUCCCUUGCCCAACCAGGACAGAGCCGGGCCCGGACAAAUCCUCCGGCUGGUAGCCAAGCGGACACCGCGGGAGCCGGGCAGGUUUGCCUAAUGGAAUUGGGCUGUUGGUUAAGCACUUACUACGUGCCAGGCGCCGUACGAAGCCGCGGGGAAGGGACCGGCAAAUCGAGUUGGACGCGGCCCCCGUCCCGCGUGGGGUUCACCGUCUUCGUCCCCGUUUUACAGGUCGCUGAAGC